AUGGAAGGGCUGUGUCAGCCCAGGCACUGUAGGUCCUUGGGUAACCCAUCAAGGGUGAGCAGACGGGGUGGGCAGCAGGCAGAACUGUCGGUGGCGUGGUCCAGAUCCCCCACGACUGGCUCCGCUCUUCAUGAAUCAGCGGGGACUAGUUGCCUUUCGCCCUCUCUUCUUCCCAGGGAUUGCAGCGAGGUCACCACCGCCUUUGCCUACCUGAUGACAGAUAUGUGGCUUGGGGACUCAGACUGUGUCUCACCAGAGAUAUUUCUGUCGGCUCUUGGCAGCCUUUACCCAGUUUUUCUGAAAAAGACACAGCAAGAUGCACAGGAGUUCCUGAUUUACGUCCUCAAUGAACUUCAUGAAGCUUUGAAAAAGCACUGCGGCAGAAGGGCAUACGAGAAGAGAUCUGCUCCCAGAUCCUGCAGGAAGGUGGUGGCCAGUGAGGCGUCAAUCAUCACCCGGCUGUUUGAAGGACAGCUCAACUACAGAAUCACGUGUUUAAAGUGUGAGACCUGCACCAACAAGAAUGAAGUUUUCACCGUCCUCUCCCUCCCCAUCCCAUCUGAAUAUGAAUGCUCCCUUCAGGACUGUCUCCAGUGUUUUUUCCAACAAGACACCUUGACCUGGAACAACCAAAUCCAUUGCUCCUUUUGUGAAGGCAAGCAAGAAACAGCUGUGAGGGCCACGAUUUCCAAGGCACCGAAAAUAAUUGUUUUUCACCUAAAAAGGUUUGACAUCCAGGGUACAAUGAAGAGGAAGCUGAGAACAGAAAUCCUUUACCCGCUCACCAACUUGGACCUCACUCCUUACAUCUGUCCAAUUUUCCGGAAACAUCCCAAGUACAACCUCUGCGCUGUGGUGAACCACUUUGGCGAUCUGGAUGGUGGACAUUACACUGCCUUCUGCAAGAACUCAGUAACUCAGGCCUGGUAUAGCUUUGAUGACACCCGAGUCAGUGAGAUCCCAGACACUUCAGUUCAAACAGCUACAGCCUAUCUUCUGUUCUAUAGCUGCCAGCCCUUUUCUAUGCCAAUACAGAAGCGCAGGAGCUAGGACAGCGCCCU